AUGGAGGAUGAGAUUAGAGAUCGACCCGGCUUCGUGUCCCGCUUUUUCUCCUCGAUAGAAUUGAAAUAUCAAUACUACUUGGAUAGCUUCACGCCACAUACAACUGCACGAUGGGUAGUCGCCGUUUUGUUUUUGAUGGCCUUUUGCGCACGAAUUUUCUUAAUUCAAGGCUUCUACAUUGUCACCUAUGCUCUCUUCAUUUACUACUUGAACAUGUUUUUGCUGUUCCUCACUCCUUCAAUCGAUCCUGCUUUAGAGUUUGACGAUGAUGAUGAUGGCCCCGUUCUUCCAUCACGGACGUCAGAUGAAUUUCGGCCAUUUAUGCGUCGGCUGCCGGAAUUCAAAUUUUGGCAUUCGAUGAUGAAAUCUACACUCAUCGGCUUCGUCUGCACUUUCUUUGAGGUCUUUGAUGUCCCAGUGUUCUGGCCAAUUUUGGUGAUGUAUUUCAUCAUUCUUUUCUGCCUGACGAUGAAACGUCAGAUCAUGCACAUGAUCAAGUACAAAUACAUUCCUUUCACUGUUGGAAAGCCCAAAAGAUCCGGCAAAGAAGAUACUGGAAAAGUGGUCGUUGGA